CAUUGGACACAGAAAAACAUAGUCAAAUAAAUCUCUUGUUCUCUCUCUGUCACUCUUUCUCUCCCUCUCAUUGCACAGUUCUUGCAUCUGCAACUGUAACAAUCUCUCUGGUCGCUACAACCCAAAAUACGGUGUCGUUUUCAGUUCGUUUAACCAUCACCAUUCCCCAUUUUCUCCUUCUUCUUCUUCCAAAUACCGGUUUCUUACUCUAAUCUCCAACCAUAACCAAUACGCUAACACCUUCUUCUUCUUCUUCACCUUCGUUUUCUCUGUCUGCAACCAAUCAAUGGGAAACUGUUUCGGCAAGUCGGAGAAAUUGACGGCGGAGAUUGUACCUCACGGCGGAGCUAGAGUGUAUCCGACGGUGAGGCUAUACGGUUCGCCGAAGAGCAUUCUCGCCGCUUACAUUCGUUUCGCUCUCCUCCACAAGUCCGUUUCGCCGGACUUCGUUCCAUCUGACAACCGGGCUGACCCGGUUACGCUCCAGGUUGGAUCCGAGGUUGUUUCGGGUUCCCGCGAAACGCUGCUCCGGUUCAUAGACGAGCGGUUUCCGAGCCCGCCGUUGGGUGGUGGUGAGGAGGAGGAGGGGGGAACGGCGCCGGUGAUGGUGACGGUGACUAGGCUGCAGCAUAAGAGCAUGUUGUGGCAUGUGGAGAGGGUGUUGAGGUGGGCGGAGGAUCUGGCGGCGCGUGGAGGGAAGAAGGCUGUUGAUCCGUCGGUGGGGACCCCGAAGAUGGAGGUGAGGAAAUUCGCGAGGAGCUACUCCGAGCUGCUGGAGGUGAUGAUGGAACAUGCUCAGAUGGAGGAGACUCUCCUCUUCCCUUUGUUUGAUUCAGCUGAUCGAGGGCUCUCUAAAGCUGCAAAAGAGGAACAUGCUAGGGACCUACCUCUCAUGAAUGGCAUCAAAGAAGUCAUCAAAUCUGUAGGGGUUUUGAACCCUGGGAGCCCUGAUUACCGUGAGGCUCUGUGUAACCUUUCUGCGCGGCUCAAGUUAUUGCAGCGGCAGUGCAAGCUACAUUUCAAGGAGGAGGAAGUGGAAUUACUUCCACUAAUGGAGGCAUUGGAGCUGAGCAAAGAGGGAGAGGAGAGUGCACUGGAGCAAUGUUUUGAUGUGAUGCAAGGAACACAUGGUCGUUUGUUUAAGUUCCUUCUUGAAGGGCUCCGACCUCGUGAUGCUAUGAAGUACUUGGACUUGAUCAGCAAGUGUAGGGACAGAGAACGAAUGGAAUCCAUGCUUCAAAUGAUAGUUAAGUGACUACAGAUCUUGUUAAUGGCUUCAAUUAUUAAGCACACAUGGAUGAGCUGUGAAGCCUGCUUAGUCAAUAGAUGUAAAAUUGAGUUUUUCUUCUUUUUGAUCAAGUCCAUCUUCUCAAGGAAGCACCCAGCACAUGGGUAGAAAGACAAUCUCAUAGUGUACUCUGCUUUUGUGGUAUGGGACAUUGUUCUCGAACCUGUCAGCCUGGCCUUUUGAUUAAGGGAACAGAAAGCAGGAAUAGCAUUUGGAAAAGCAGGGAGCUUUCCUUUUUCCUUUUCCUCAUGAUAGUUUGGAUAAGGUGGUCAUGAAUAUAUUCUCAAGUAAUGUACAUAUGCAAGUGAGUGCUCCCAAAAAAUUUCAAUAGUGCUUGGAGUAUACUAGUUUGCUGGUUUUGAUUGGUAAUACCAUAAUCUGUUGAAAUUUGUUUAACCAA